AUGGACGUUCUCGAGGAAAAGUAUAACCAUUCCGCCGACCGCUUGGACAAGCCGUCGCAGUACUUGAUCCGCAAGUCCGUGCGGAGAGGCAACUUCGACAACAUCACCAAGGCCUUGCGGCUGAAAACCGUCUACGUGGGCAACUUGACGCACUUCACCACCGAGGAGCAGAUCCACGAGCUCUUCUCCAAAUGCGGCACCAUCAACCGCAUCAUCAUGGGGCUUGACCGGAACAAGCUCACGCCCUGCGGCUUCUGCUUCGUCAUCUACAAGAAGGAAAGCGGGUCCCUCAACGCCAUGAAGUUCUUGAAGGGCACCUAUUUGGACGGCCAGAGCUUGGAGAUCGACUUGGACCCUGGUUUCCAGGAGGGCCGCCAGUUUGGCCGCGGCGUCUUUGGCGGCCAGGCACACCAGGAGGCCGAGCACGGCGGGUUUCCCAGAAGAGACCCCGGCCAGUUCCGGGGAGGCAGGGGUGGCUUCCGUGGCGGCUUCCGGGGCCGCGGCCGGGGCAGGGGCAUGCCCCGCGGCGGGUUUCGGGGCCGCGGCGGGUUCAGGGGCUGA